AUGAUGAUCAAAUUAUUUUUGACAAUUCUAGUCAUCUUACAAAGUAAGGCAUACGAUACAGUAAAACGUGUAUCUAAUGAAAACACUCGACCAAUAAUUGGGAUUUUGAGUCAACCAACUCCAUAUGAUUGGCAAAAACCAAAUGGUACUACGUAUAUAGCAGCUUCCUAUGUGAAAUAUGUCGAAGCAACUGGUGCUCAAGUUGUACCUAUUCUAAUGAAUCAAUCCAUCGAAUAUUAUUCACAUUUAUUUAAUUCAAUCAAUGGAGUACUCUUUCCUGGUGGUGAUUCAACUGAUGAGUAUUUGUAUGUUGCAAACCUUUUCUAUGUUUGGUCAUUAAAACAAUUUGAUGAAACACAAAGAGUUUUUCCUAUAUGGGGAACAUGUCUUGGUUUUGAAGUAUUACUCAUGUUAACAAGACGUUCAACUGAUGUUCUCGAGCCAUGUAAAGGAUAUGAUUUUGCAACAGAACUCACUUUUACGCCUGAUGCAGCUAAUAGUCGAUUAUUAGGAUCAUCAUUACCAUUAAGUGUAAAAAAUAGCUUGGAAAAUGAACCAACAACAGCAAAUUAUCAUAAUUUCUGUAUCCGACCAGAAAAUUUUACAAAUGAUCCUGUAUUAUCAACAUUUUAUAAAAUGUUAACAAUAAGUCCUGAUUUAGAAGAUCGAACAUUUGUUUCAACUAUGGAAAGUCGUCGUUAUCCAAUUUUUGGUGUUCAAUGGCAUCCAGAAAAGAAUGCAUUUGAAUGGCGAGUAAAUACAACUAUUCCUCAUACAAAAGAUGCUAUUGAUGUUAUGCAAUAUAUGGCAAAUUUUUUUACUAAUCAAACACGUCAAAAUACAAAUCAUUUCGAUUCAUUACAAGAUGAAUUAAAAUAUCUUAUAUAUCAAUAUACACCAGAAUUUAUGGGUUUAGAUGUAUCACAUUUUCAACAAAUGUAUUUCUUUUAUAAAUAA